AUGCUAUUCAUUUUUCAAACAAUUCUUUCCUCACGUGACUUGUCUGUAGGGCAAUCGCCCUUUCUUUCAUUCUUUCUUUCUUUCUUUCUUUCUUUGUUUCUUUGUUUCUUUGUUUUUCUUUCUUUCUUUCUUUCUUUCUACUCUUUCUUUCUUUCUUUUAACAUUUUAUUUCUUUCCUUUCUUUUUCAUCUACUUAUUUCGUUGAUUCGUUCGACCCCCUUCUUAUUUCUUUCUUUCUUUCUUUCUUUCUUUCUUUCUUUCUUUCUUUCUUCUUUCUUUCUUUCUUUCUUUCUUUCCUUCAUCGAUCUUUCUUUCUUUCUUUCUUUCUUUCUUUCUUUCUUUCUUUCAUCGAUCGAUCUUUAUUUCUUUCUUUCUUUCUUUCUUUUUUUCUUUCUUUCUUUCUUUCUUUCUUUCUUUUUUCGUUCAUCGAUCUUUCUUUCUUUCUUUCUUUAUUUAUUUAUUUAUUUCGUCCGUUCGUUCAUUAAUUCUUUCUUUUUUUCUUUUAACAUUUUAUUUCUUUCCUUUCUUUUUCAUUUACUUAUUUCGUUGAUUCGUUCGACCCCUUCUUAUUUCUUUCUUUCUUUCUUUCUUUCUUUCCUUCAUCGAUCUUUCUUUCUUUCUUUCUUUUUUUCUUUCUUUUAUUCUAAUAACCUGUCUGCAUUCCUUUCUUUCUUUUUUUUUAAUCUUCCUUCUUUUCUUCGUCUCUUCUUUUCUUCGUUCCUUUCUUCUUUUCUCCGUUCCUUCCUCUUAGUCGUUCCUUCUUUUCUUUCCUUUACUUUUUGGUUUCCUUCCUUCCUUCCUUCCUUCCUUCCUUCCUUCCUUCUUUCUGUGUCUUCGUUCCUUCCGAUUUUUCCUUUCUUCCUUUCUUCUGAUUUUUCCUUUGUUCGUUCCUUCUCUUUUUUCCAUUCUUCCUUCUUUUUGUCUCUUUUUUCUUUCUCUUUUUUCCUUCCUUCCUUCCUUCCUUUUCUUUGUUUUUUCCUUUUUUUUUUCCUUCUUUUCAUCAUUUCUUUUCUUCCUUUUUUCCGGUUUUUCUUUCGUUCCUUCCCUUUUUUUCCUUUCUUCCUUCUUUUCGUCCCUUCUUUUCUUCGUUCCUCCAAAUUUUUCCUUUGUUCUUUCUUUCUCUUUUUCCUUUUCUUCCUUCUUUUCCUUCCUUCCUUCCUUCCUUCCUAUCUUUCCUUUGUUCUUUCCUUCUUUUUGUCCCUCCCUCCCUUCCUUCCUUCCUUCCUUCCUUCAUUCAUUCAUUCCUUCUUUUUUCCCUUUUCCUUCUUUUUGUCCCUUCUUUUCUUCCUUCCGAUUUUUUGUUCGUUCCUUCUCUAUUUUCUUUCUUCUUUCUUUUCCUCCCUUCUUUUCUUCCUUCCUUCCUUCCGUUUAUUCAUUCUUUUCUUCCUUUGCUUCAUCCGUUUUUAUCUACAUCGUUUGUUGCAAUUUGGCUGCAAGCUGAAAGGUCACAUGACUUCCCUUUGCCUCCACUGGGCUUUAUACCCCUUCACUGUCACUUCCAAUCUAUCUAUCUAUCUAUCUAUCUAUCUAUCUAUCUAUCUAUCUAUCUAUCUGUCUGUCUUAAUAUCUAUCUCUGUUCGUAUCUAUCUAUCUAUCUAUCUAUCUAUCUAUCUAUCUGUCUGUCUUAAUAUCUAUCUAUCUAUCUAUCUAUCUAUCUAUCUAUCUAUCUAUCUGUCUUAA